AUGGGAGAGUACUGCCCCUCCCCACAGGGGGACUCCGCGCUGGCGGCGGCGCCCUUGACGCGCCCCUCCCCGUCCCCGGAGACGGCGGUUAGGCCGAGCUACGGGAGCUGCGACCGCCGCUACGUGAAGCAGGUCUUCGACAACCUCCACGGGAGAAUCUGGCUCGACCCGUUGGCCCUGCAGUUUGUUGAUACCGAGGAGUUUCAGAGGUUGCGGGACUUGAAACAACUUGGUCUUACAUAUCUCGUCUAUCCUGGAGCGGUUCACACACGCUUCGAACACUCAUUAGGUGUCUAUUCGUUGGCUGGAGAGGCUAUAAAUAAUCUUAAGACAUAUCAGGGAGAAGAGCUUGGCAUUGAUCAUGUCGACAUGCAGACUGUAAAGCUUGCAGGUCUCUUGCAUGAUAUUGGACAUGGACCCUUCAGUCAUUUGUUUGAGCAUGAGGUUCUUCCUCGAGUUGAUCCUGGCUCAUCCUGGUCCCAUGAAGAUAUGUCAGUGCUCCUUUUGGACAGUAUUGUUGACAAACAUGCAAUAGAUAUUGAAAACGAUUAUCUCCAAAUGGUCAAGGACAUGAUAACUGCCAGCUCUAAGCAUGCCAGCACAAAAAGUGCAAAUGAGAAGCAUUUUCUUUAUGACAUUGUUGCUAAUGGUCGCAAUGGUAUAGAUGUUGACAAGUUUGACUACAUUGGCCGUGACUGCAGAGCAUGUGGUCUUGGCUGUAAUUUCCAGUAUUGGAGGUUGAUGGAAGGCAUGCGAGUGAUGGGUGAUGAAAUUUGCUACCCUGCCAAAGAUUACUUGAGCAUCCAUAAAUUGUUUUCAACACGUGCUGAUCUGCACCGGACAGUCUAUACCCAUGCCAAAGUAAAGGCUGUUGAACUCAUGCUCGUGGAUGCUCUCAUUGAGGCUAAUGAUUACUUGGGGAUAUCAUUGCAUGCACAUGACCCAGAAGAAUUUUGGAAGUUGGAUGACACAAUCAUUAAAACCAUUGAGACUGCUCCUAACAAUGAACUGAAGAAAGCAAAAGAAAUCAUUCAACGUAUUCGCCGAAGAGAACUCUACAAGUUUUGCAACCAGUAUUCUGUUCCAAAGGACAAACUGGAGCAUUUCAAAAAUAUUACUGCACAGGACAUAGUUUGUUCACAGAAAUCUUCCGAGGUGCUGCUGAAGGAAGAGGAUGUUGCAGUAAGCAAUGUUAAGAUAGAUCUUACUCGUGGAAAAGAUAACCCCCUUGAAAGCAUCAAGUUCUUUAAGGAUUUUGGAUGCGAAGAGAAGUUCCCCAUCACAGAUGACAGGGUCAGCCACUUGCUACCUGCGUACAAUGAGGAUAGAAUUGUGAGGGUCUAUGCCAAGAAGCCUGAGUUGGUUGAUGUGGUGUCAGAAGCCUUUGAGAAUCUCCAGAUGAGAAUGUAUGGAGAGAAGACUCAGGUGCACGAGACGCCCAAGAAAAAGAGGAUUAGAUCCAACUAG